AUGUCUGGAGUACAAGCAUUAAGGGCUCUACGUAAAGCAUCAUCAAAGGGGGAACCAUUCAAAUUAUACAAUUCAGAGGAAGAAGAAAUAGAUUCAAUAAAAGAUGCCUCACAAGUAUCAUUCGGAAAUAUUGAAACAAAAUAUGACUUAGACCUAGAAACAAAUUUCUAUAGUGAUGAACAACCACAAGAUUUAAGAUCAGUAGUAUUUUGUUGGCUAUAUGAAAAAAACACUGAUCAAGAAUACAAAGCAAAAGCUGCAGAACUUGGCUUUACUCCAUUUUCAAUUUUGUGUAGAUUCGAUUUACUUACUUGGUUAAAAGGUUCAAUAGAUUCUUGUCAAUUUGUUAAAGAAGAUAAAGAUUCUCAAAGUAAUGAUAAAUCAAAAGAUCAUAAAUCAGAACCAGAAUUUAAAAAACAUAAAUUGGAUGAUCCACAAAUAGAUAGAAUAAAUGAAUUUGAAAGAGAGUCAGUUGAUCACAAUGCAGCUUUAAGAGGUUCCAAAAAUAUAGAUUUUAGUUAUUUAAUAUCUGAUGCUAAAAAAUUUAUGCAUGAAUUAAAACGAGCUAAAACAAAUCCUCAAAGUAGUGAAAAAUCAAGUUCAGCUAAGAAACAACCUAUAAUCAUCGUAUCACCAGCAACAACUUCAUUACUUGCAUUAUCAAAUAUAAAACAAUUUUUAGAAAAUGGAACAUUUACUGAACCAGUACCCACAAAUAGACCACAAUCAGGAGUAGUAAUACUUAAUCAUCCAUCAGAGAAAUUGAUACCUCAAGGUCAAAAAAUUAUGGUUGUUGACAAUACAGAUCUUUUCACGAAUCCAGACUAUUGGAAUAGAGUAAUAGCAAUUUUUACAACUGGUCAAGUUUGGCAAUUCAGCAAGUAUAAAUAUAGUAGAGGAGAAAUAUUAUUUCAGAAGUAUCAAGGGUUUUAUUUAGGAUAUCAAGGAGAAUCAACUCCUCAUCAAAUAAAAGAAUGGAAUGUACGUGAAUUAAAAGUAAAUAAAGGUGAUCAAAGAUUUAAAGAUAAAGUGCUUGUAAAAGAUCUUUGGAUUGAGUUAGAAAAAAUACUUAUAAAUAAAGGAUAUGGUAAAUAA